CCCAUGGUGCAGGCGCAUGGUCGAAUGGGGUAUGGAUAGUUAAUUAUUUUCCAAGAUGAUACUUUCACAAGUCAUUUAUGAGGGAUCUCUUUAGGUAUUAAUUUGAGUCGUAUCACACAGUAAGUGUUUUAUAAGACAUCGGAGACAUUGCGACUUUUGAAGACCUUAGGAAUUGACGCGAUUGUAUUGUUAGAUUUAUAGGCCCAAUGGGUGCUGUACUGGGGCCCCUGUCUAGUUGGCAAACGACUAUGAUUACUGCAUCCUGAACAGCGCUGAGAAAAGCAACAGGUGCCAUGUGACAACAUCGUUUUUUUCUGGCUGCUUCAGAAGAGGUGUCUUGCUUUUGCAACAGUGCGACAUGUCUUGGGUGCAGAUGCUGUCCACAGAUCAAGAACUCCAUUGCAACCCGGAUCAUAUAUGCCUUCAUCCUGCUGCUUGGCACGAUCAUUUCCUGUGUUAUGUUGUCACCUGUAGUUGAGCAGCAACUUCAAAAAAUCCCUGGCUUUUGUACUGGAGGAGUGGGGUCCAGUAUGCCAGGAAUAGAGGCUAAGGUUCAGUGUGAGAUGCUUGUUGGUUAUAAGGCUGUGUACCGGGUUUGCUGUGGCAUGAGUUUGACCUUCCUCACAUUCUCUCUGCUCAUGAUCAACGUGAAAAACAGCAGAGAUCCCAGAGCUGCAAUCCAUAACGGAUUCUGGUUUUUCAAGAUUGUAGCCAUGGCUGCUGUCACUGUUGGUGUCUUCUAUAUUCCAGAGGGGCCUUUUACACAAACGUCCUUUAUUGUUGGAACUUGCGGGGCGUUUUGCUUUAUUCUAAUCCAGCUAGUUCUUCUAAUCGACUUCGCCCACUCAUGGAAUGAGUCCUGGGUCGAUAAAAUGGAGAACGAAAACACAAAGAGGUGGUAUAUAGCCUUGCUGUCAGUAACAGGACUGAACUAUGCGCUGUCCUUCACGGCUGUUGUUCUCUUCUAUAACAUCUACACUCAGCCAGAGGGAUGUGUGCUCAAUAAAUUCUUCAUCAGCUUCAACAUGUUGUUAUGUGUCAUAGCUUCUGCUCUGUCUGUGCUUCCCAAAGUGCAGGAACACCAGCCCAGGUCUGGUCUUCUCCAGUCAUCCAUCAUGACUUUGUACACGAUGUAUCUUACCUGGUCAGCUAUGACCAAUGAGCCAGACCGCACAUGUAAUCCAAAUCUGCUCAGCAUCUUCCAGCAGAUUACAUACUCAACAGAUGCACCAGUGGAGAUUGAGAACCAGACUGCAUUGAUCAUCAUAGAUGUAGAGGAAACUAUUUCUUCAGCCCCAUACCUGCAGUGGUGGGAUGCUCAAAGCAUCGUCGGAUUGGCCAUUUUUGUUCUCUGCAUUUUGUAUUCAAGCAUACGCUCCUCAAACACCAGUCAAUUUAAUAAACUAACAUUAGCAGCUAAAGACGCCACCAUCUUGGAUGACAGCUCCACAGGAUGUGCUGAACUGGUAGAAGUCAGAACACCCAAACAUAUGGAGGACAAUGAAAGAGAGACAGUUCAAUACAGCUACGCUUUCUUUCACUUUAUGCUGUUCCUGGCGUCUCUCUAUAUCAUGAUGACUCUGACCAACUGGUACAGUCCUAAGGCCGACUACAAUGUCAUCACAAGCAAGUGGCCAGCAGUGUGGGUAAAAAUCUUGUCUAGUUGGGUCUGUCUCACAUUAUAUACCUGGACUCUGGUUGCUCCUAUGAUACUCACCAACAGAGACUUCACCUAGACGGUUUCUCUACAGUAUAGUUCUCCAGUAUGUCAUGCAACCAGAAUAUAUGCUUUAGUGAAAGUUUUGAUUUUGUAUUAUGAAUGUUCAUGCUUGGUCAGAAAAUCUUGUGUAAUUUUAUUAGGGUUUUACAUUUUCAAGGAUACUUCUUUUCUUAAUCUCAGCAUCUGGUUAGGAUUUUCUCUGUGCCAUUGGUAGGAGUGAUAUAUUAUUUUUGCUUUGUAUAAACUGAUGUCAGCUCAUUUCUUCAGCUACAAAAUGUCCAAAAAUGUUAACUCUGUUUUUAUUAAUGACUUUGGACAUUGUUUUAUUCUGCACUUUAUCCUGACAUUGUUUAAAAUAUCCAUGUACCAAGAAGAGCUGUGAAAUAUUAUUAGGGUGUAUUUGUGUUCUUGAUUUACUAAGAUUAAUGAAUAUUUUAUUUCUGUUGGUAAGGCAUGUAGUAAAUCUUUAUAUUUUUGUAUUUUUACUGUAUGGAAAUCUGUUUUGUAUUAGAAAUGGCUAUAUUUUAUGUCAAAAAUCAAUUCAUUAUCAGUACAUUUAAUACAGAUGCAUUAAUUUUAAUGCAAAUAAGAGGUAGAAACAUUUUGGAAGAGAAUAUCUUUUAGAUAAUCUGUCAAUAACAAUUUUUGUAAAUCCAGAGAAAAGCCUUAUGUAAUAAAGUAUAACUAUUUCACUGUGUAUACAAUUUGGACAUGCAUUAUAAAUUAUUUUAAAAUUGCAUAUUUCUGUCAUAGCUAAAGGGUAUUAUAAGUUUGAUUUGCCAAAGAGUAUUAGAAGUUUGAUUUUCAAAAUGUUAACAUCAGUGGUAUUGUUAAUGUGGCCCUGUUAGCUGACAGUUCUUGCCGUUAUUACCACCAUAUUUUAAUUGCUUGUCAUAACUUUAAGCUGGGCACUCUAGUUCACCCUGACAAUUAUACAGUUUUGUUUGUGCACCAUUACUGAAAAUUUUAAUGGAUACUUUAGUCUAUUGUAAAUAUUAAAAACAAGCAAACUGAUUAUAACUAUCUUAAAUUCUGCUCCAUCAAACUCCAAUGAAGUUUUUUUCUCUUUUGUCUACCUUGUAACAAGAAAAUAAAUUCCAGGCCUGCAGCCUGAACAAAAAAUA